AUGUCUUUCGUUGACUCGCCUACCGAGGCCGACACAGGUCGCGAGAAAGACGGAAGAGCGGUUACGGAUGACGUGGUGCUGACGUGUACCACGUUCAACAUGCUCGCGCCUAUAUUCAAGCGUAUCAACAGAGAGGGCCAGAGAGAGAGCGAAUUUCGCGAACUGUGGCUUCCGCGAAGCGAGCGAAUUCUGGAUACCAUAGUGGCGACGGGUUCAUCGAUCGUGUGCCUGCAGGAGUGCUGGCUGUCGCACCCCGAGUGGGUUCGCCUCUUUGACUCCUCGUUGGGUGCUGCUGGUUACCGCACGCUCAAACUGCCCAGGACCAACAACCGGGGCGAUGGUUUGAUGAUAGCCGUGAAGCAGGACCAGUGGCACGUGGUGGACUCCCAGCAGCUGCUGUUCCACGACUGUGGGGACCGCGUUGCUCAGAUCGUGUACAAGCUGCUAGAGCGAGUGGAGCAGUGCCGGACAGAGCAGGCUGGCAGACCUGCACCUGUCAUCCUGUGCGGCGAUCUGAAUGGCACCAAGGAGGGCAACGUGUACAAGCUGCUGCGCUCGCAGGGCUUCCUCUCCUCCUAUGACACGGCGCACCACCUCAAUGACGUGGAUGAAACGUGGGUGAGCCAUCGCAGCCACAGGGGCGACGUCUGCGGGGUGGACUAUGUGUGGAUGCUCAACGCCCGCACGCCCAUGACAAGUCCUGUGCUGAACUGGCGAAAGGCAGUGUUUGGGCUGAUUAAGUCGAAGCUGCUAGCAGCAGGCAUCACAGAUGCGCGGCACGCGUUUCAGUUCUUUGCGACAGCAGGCGACACGUCCCCGUUUGAGCACACCGUGUGUUUCACCACCGACCCGAACGCCACCGACGCUGCUGACGUCAGCAUGGAUUUUGGGCGGCAGCACAAUGACGACCCAGCGACCGAAGAGGAGGAGGAGGAGGUGGAGGAGGAGGAUGAGGAUGAGGAGGCGUGGAGGUAUUACGACAGUGAUGAGGAGGGCAUGGAGAGGCAGGAGUGCUGCAUCACUGCUUUCACCAUUGAAGACUUUCAACUGGCCGUGGCUCAGCUGGGUCUGACGGGUGACAACUCAAUCGGAUUAACAGAAGUUGAAGUUGCGGAGCUGAUGCAAGGCGCGGACACGGAUGGGGAUGGGUGGGUGGAUUUCAACGAGUUCCAGGACAUGUUUCAGCAGCCCACGUGGGACUCGCGGGAGACGGCUGGGGCUGCAGGUGCAGGGGAGUUCACUGGUGUUCUGGCAGGUGAUAGACAAGGGGCUGAGGGUGUGGAGGAGUGCGAGAUAGAGGGGAGUAAUGGAGGGCUGAGUCUCGCGGUGUUGAAGGCAUCGCUGUUCCCGCCUGAGAUGGAGGAGGGGAGGUGGCCGGAGGAUUAUACGUUGUCAGAUCAUGCGGUGCUGACUGUUAUACCCAGUAGCAGCACCUUAAACACGCGCAUGGCGGGCGCUGGCGGAAGCGGAGCGGGCGGGCGCGGGGGUUCCGCGCGCGGGGGGGGCGCGAUGGCGCAGGAGCUGCUGCUGUACUUGUGCAGCGCGGGCAUCAGCGCGCUCGUGCUAAUCUUUACGAUUCGCCAGCUCGACCCCAACCGCGCACAGUCCAAGCAAGCCAAGCAGCGGAAAAGGGAGAUUGCGAAGCGGCUGGGUCGCCCGUAUAUUGAGACCAACGCUUAUGAGGAUGUGAUAGCAAACGACGUGAUCAACCCACAGGACAUCCACGUCACCUUUGACUCCGUAGGCGGUCUGCAGCAUGUGAAGGAGUCACUUCAUGACCUGGUCAUCCUGCCUCUGCAGCGACCGGAGCUCUUUGCACAGGGGAGAUUGCUGCGUCCACUAAAGGGUGUGCUGCUGUUCGGCCCACCAGGCACGGGCAAGACGCUUCUGGCAAAGGCGAUUGCCAAGGAGUGCAGAGCGGUGUUCAUCAACGUCAGAAUCGCCAACCUUAUGAGCAAAUGGUUCGGGGAUGCUCAGAAGCUAGUCACAGCGGUGUUCACGCUAGCCCACAAGCUGCAGCCGGCCAUAAUCUUCAUAGACGAGGUGGAGUCCUUUCUGGGCCAGAGGAGGAACACGGAGCACGAGGCGGUGACCAGCAUGAAGACGGAAUUCAUGUCGCUGUGGGACGGAUUCAGCACUGAUGAUACAGCUAGAGUGAUGGUACUAGCAGCCACCAAUCGCCCCUGGGAGCUGGACGAGGCCAUUCUCAGGCGCCUGCCCCGCCAUUUCGAGAUCCCGCUUCCCGACCUGGCCGGCCGCACCAGCAUUUUGGAAGUGAUACUGCGGGACGAGGACGUGGAUGAGGACUUGGAUCUGCAGGAAAUCGCAUCCCUCUGUGCUGGUUACAGCGGGUCGGACCUCACAGAGCUGUGCAAGCAGGCGGCUUACCUGCCUCUGCACGACUUCUUGGAGGAUGAGAGGAGAGCGCUGCGGGGGGAGGGGAAGGAGCCAACCUCCCAGCGCCCCCUCGCGCGGGCAGACUUCCUGCGCGUCCUCAGCGAGUCUCGCCCGUCCCGAGACGCUGCGUUUGACUAUCUGCGCAAGCGCAGUAACAGCAGCGCCAGCCUGACGCCCUUGGGAGAGGACCCUUCUGCUGCUCCGCAAGCGGGGCAGCAGGCGGAUUUGAUCCAGCUGCUGUUUCAGGCGGCGGUGGCGUCGGCUCUGCAGCCACAAGCGAUGCAACCACAAGUGUUCCAACCGCAGUCCAUGCAAGCACAGGGAGGGGAGAAGCAAAGCGUGCAGCAGCAAGGGGUGCCCCAGCAGGCCUUGCAACCGCGUGAAGGGGAGUUGGUCUCCGAAAACAGUGCUCCUAUUGCUGGUGCUCCUGCCGGUGCUGCUGGUGGUGCUAAUGGUGCUGGUGCCACUCCUGCUGAUGAUGCUAUUGGUGCUGGUGGAACGGGCAAUAGUUAUGCUUCGGGUGGUGAUAGAGGUAGGUAG